AAAAAAACUCACAAGGCAGCCUCUCUCUCUUCAGCACCAACUAUAAAUCCAUAAUAUUAAAUUAAUUAAACCUUAAUCCUCUCUUAACCCGCCCCUUAAUCUCCUCUUAAACCUACCUUCCUUUUUCUUUAACUGAUGAGAGAUGAGGCAGCAGAGUGAAUGAGAACACGAGCACGACAUUGUCUGAUUCGGUGUUACAAGGAAGGCAACAACAGCAAAUGAUGCAGCAGAAACUUGAGGUUUAUAAUGAGAUUCUUCGUCGACUUCAAGAAUCUAAUUACGAAGAAGCUAAUCUACCUGGUUUUGAUGAUCAACUCUGGACUCACUUCAGUAGCCUCCCUACCAGAUAUGCGUUAGAUGUGAAUGUGGAGAGAGCAGAAGAUGUGUUAACGCAUAAGAGAUUGCUGCGUUUGGCUCACGAUCCUGCUAAUCGACCGGCGAUUGAAAUUCGCCUUGUUCAGGUGUUUUUAGGUUUUGAAGGAUACAUGCAUGAAAUUACCUUUUCAACUGAUGACAAGCCAAAACUCCUGAGUCAGCUGACUUCCUUAGUUGCUGACAUUGGGUUGAACAUCCAAGAAGCGCACGCAUUUUCGACAGUUGAUGGCUACUCCUUAGAUGUAUUUGUUGUUGAUGGUUGGCCAUAUGAGGAAACGGAGCAGCUCAGAGAUGCGUUGGCAAAGGAAGUUUCCAAGAUUGAGGAUCGCGAGCAAUUUAGGAUCAAAUACGAUACUAAUCAUGUUGCAAUACCCAAUGACGGGACUGAUGUGUGGGAAAUUGAUCCUAAAUAUUUGAAGUUUGAGAACAAAGUUGCCUCUGGAUCCUAUGGUGAUCUGUACAAAGGUACAUACUGUAGUCAGGAAGUGGCUAUCAAAAUUCUCAAGCCUGAGCGAUUAAAUUCAGACUUGCAGAAAGAAUUCGCCCAAGAAGUUUACAUAAUGAGGAAAGUUCGACAUAAGAAUGUCGUACAAUUUAUCGGUGCAUGCACCAAGCCUCCAAGUUUGUGCAUUGUAACAGAAUUCAUGCACGGAGGAAGUGUCUAUGACUACCUACACAAGCAGGGGGGUGUUUUUAAGCUGCCAAAUUUACUUAAAGUAGCAAUAGAUGUUUCUAAAGGAAUGGAUUACUUGCACCAAAAUAAUAUAAUUCAUAGGGAUUUGAAGGCUGCAAAUCUUCUCUUGGAUGAAAAUGAAGUAGUCAAGGUUGCUGAUUUUGGUGUUGCCAGAGUGAAAGCUCAGACUGGAAUCAUGACUGCGGAAACUGGGACCUAUAGAUGGAUGGCUCCCGAGGUCAUUGAGCACAAGCCGUAUGACCAUAAGGCUGACGUAUUUAGUUUUGGGAUCGUGUUAUGGGAGUUGUUAACUGGAAAGAUUCCAUAUGAAUACUUAACCCCUUUACAAGCAGCUGUUGGAGUGGUUCAAAAGGGUCUACGGCCUACCAUACCCAAGAAUACUCAACCAAAGCUUGCCGAACUGCUAGAAAAAUGCUGGCAACAGGAUCCAGCUCUAAGGCCUGACUUCUCAGAGAUUAUUGAGAUCCUGCAACAAAUAGCAAAAGAGCAGUUUGGGGAUUCUGGUGAAUUGCGCAAGGAGAAAUCGUCUGGCCGAUUUCUAUCUGUGCUCAGGAGGAAGUAAAGGGAAGUCUUGCGGAUGCUCAUAACCUGAACAACCAGCUAAUCGAACCAACCCUUUUCCAUCCUUCUCAUUACCAUUACUGUACACUAUUUUUAUUUGUCAUGCCGAUCAUCAUCAAGCCAUUAAUUUACACACACACACACACACCCCCUUAGUUCAUUUUUGGACCAGUCGCUCCCAAAUUAUCCUACCUCUAUAUUUAAGUUGUGGAGAGUUGCAAUCUUUUGGCGCGCCUUUUAAAUGAGAUAUCAAUGUCUGCGUGACAAUCAUGUAACUCUAGCAGCUCCUCGUUUCAAAAACUUGGGGGAAAAGAAAAGAAAAUGUGGAGGAGAAAAAUGUGGUUUUGUUUGUAAAAUAGACUUUUAAUCUCCGGGAGCUGUAGCCCGGAACGUGUUAUAUUGAUAGAGCCUAUUUCUGCUUUUA